AUGCCCGUUUCCAAUAAACUAAAAGCUUUUGCUGCUGCUCUCUUUAUAGUGCAAGCUUUUUCAGUCUUUGGUGUUCCAAGAGGGCAACUCCAAGUUGGCUUCUACUCACAAACAUGCCCUGCUGCUGAAUCUAUUGUACGAAUUGCUGUUCAAAAUGCCUUUUCUAAUGAUCAGCAAAUUGCUGCAAGAUUGCUCCGGCUCUUCUUUCAUGACUGUUUUGUUGAGGGAUGUGAUGGAUCAAUUUUGCUGGAUAAUGGCAGUGAUGGUGAGAGGAGUGCAAGAGGCAACGCAGGCCUUGCAGGGUUUGAAGUAAUAGAAAAUGUCAAAACACAAUUGGAAGCCACUUGUCCCGGAUUGGUUUCUUGUGCAGACAUUGUAGCUUUAGCUGCUCGGGAUGCCGUUGUCUUGAGUGAUGGGCCUCCUUAUGAGGUUCCAACCGGGCGGAGAGAUGGCCGUGUUUCAAGUAUUUCACUUGCUGCUAACUUGCCAGAUGUUGAUGACUCAAUCGAGCUUCUCAAAUCUAAGUUCAGAGAGAAGGGUCUUACAGAUCAUGACCUUGUCCUGCUCAGUGGUGGUAAGGGUGACUCUGAUCCGGCAAUCAAUUCUCAACUCCUGCCACAACUUCAAGCCAAGUGUCCAUCCAAUGGAGAUGUCGAUGUCCGGCUACCACUUGACUGGACCUCCGAAUUCAAAUUUGAUGAUCAAAUCUUCCGCAACAUAAAAAAUGGGUUUGCUGUGAUAGCAUCUGAUGCUAGGCUCUGUGACGAUAAAAACACCAAUAAGAUCCUCGACUCCUAUAUUAGCUUCGCCCGUUCUAGCAAUAUUGGACCGUCUUUUAAAGCAGAUUUUGCUGAAGCAAUGGUGAGGAUGGGGAAUAUUGGUGUUAAAACAGGUUCAGAAGGAGAGAUAAGACAAGUUUGCAUUUCCAUUAAUUAG